ACAUAACACUGAAAUUUACAUUUACAAUAACAUUUCAGAUGCAAUCGAAUAUCGAUAAAAAGUUAUUCGCGCACUGAGCCAUACUGGCAACGCCAUACCGUACUCAUCCACUGGCACCAAGCACAAUAAUAUAUACGCAAACCAAUUGCAGCACCAAAAUAUCCUCAUAUUGGUCUAAACAUUAACUAGUUAAAAAAAUAUGUCGGUCGCUGACACUUUCGAAUAUAUUACGCUUGGCAAUCCUGUCAGUCGCGCACUAAUCAAUUCAUCGUCUUCAAUACUACGAGCUAUAGGUCUGCGCCCUAAGAAGAUGGUUACCACCGAUCAUCCGAUGGGAGUCCCAAUGCAGAUUCAACCUUUGAAUGUUUCGAUGCAUCGCAUAGUCGGCUGUCACUAUAAUUUUGUUCGCAUUGCCGGCUUGGGCGGUGCAUCGGCAAUUUUUAUGGGCGCCUAUUGCAAGUAUUUUCUAAAGGAUGUCAGUGAUCCCAAGGUACAGCAAGACUCGCAGGCAUUUGCUGAUGUUGCCAAUCGCAUACAUUUCCUACACUCCUUUGCGCUCAUGUGCAUGCCUUUGGCUCACUAUCCAGUUUUUACUGGAGUCUUGAUGACCAUGGGCACCGUCCUCUUUUCUGGCUGCAUGUAUUAUCGCGCUCUGACUGGUAAUAAGCGACUGCAGCACUACGCCACUAUCGGCGGAUUCUGCUUGAUUGGAGCCUGGCUGUCGCUGGUGGUCUAGAUGUGAUAUACGCGCAUCAUAGGAUAUAGUACAUAGAAUUACAAAUGGCACACAUCUAACUAUAUAUAAUAAUAAAUGUAUAUAUAAAGUCAACUAAAGCUAAA